AGAGCGUGAGCGGCACUCGCCGGCGGCGGCAGCCCGCCCCUCGCUGCAUGGCAGCUCGGUGAGGGAGGAGCGGGCGAGGGUCCGGCGCUGCCCGGAAGCCGCGGCAGUAGCAGCGCCCGCCGCCCCGGCCGGGAUGCUCUCCGCUCGCCGCUGAGGCGCAGCCCCGCCGCGAUGCUCUCCCCGGAGCGCCACCGCCACCCUCGGCACCCGCCGCCGCCGCAGCCGCCGCCGCCGCCGCACCUCCCGCCGCAGCCCAACCAUGUCGUGGCCACCAUCGAGAACCUGCCGGCCGAGGGCGGUGGCGCCAGGAGCGGCAUCUCCGCGCCUUCCAACGGCGUGCGCCAGAGGAUCAGGAAAGUGCUGAACAGGGAUCUCUUGCUGUCUGUGGCUCUUGGCCAGGUACUCUCGCUCCUUAUCUGUGGCAUUGGACUCACGAGCAAGUAUUUGUCAGAAGAUUUCCAUGCCAACACACCUGUUUUUCAGAGCUUCCUCAAUUAUAUCCUUCUAUUCUUGGUCUACACAACAACACUAGCUGUCAGACAAGGAGAAGAAAACUUGCUGGCAAUUUUGAAAAGGAGAUGGUGGAAGUACAUGAUCUUGGGGAUAGUAGAUAUAGAAGCCAAUUACCUGGUAGUAAAAGCUUAUCAAUACACCACUCUUACUAGUGUACAGCUCCUAGAUUGUUUUGUCAUCCCAGUGGUGAUACUGCUCUCCUGGUUCUUCUUGCUGGUACGAUACAAGGCAGUACAUUUCAUUGGGAUCGUGGUCUGCAUUCUGGGCAUGGGCUGCAUGGCAGGAGCAGAUGUCCUCGUUGGGAGACAGCAAGGAGCAGGUGAAAAUAAACUGAUAGGGGAUCUCUUAGUAUUGGGUGGAGCAACACUAUACGGCAUCUCGAACGUUUGUGAAGAGUAUAUUGUCCGAAAUCUGAGUCGAGUGGAGUUCCUGGGCAUGAUUGGACUCUUUGGCUCCUUCUUCAGUGGAAUUCAGCUUGCAAUCAUGGAACACAAAGAGCUGUUGAAAGUUCCCUGGGACUGGCAAAUAGGCUUGUUGUAUGUCGGCUUUAGUGCCUGUAUGUUUGGCCUCUACAGCUUUAUGCCAGUGGUCAUAAAGAAAACCAGUGCUACUGCUGUCAACCUCUCCCUACUCACAGCUGACCUGUACAGCCUUUUCUGUGGAUUAUUCCUCUUCCACUACAAGUUUUCAGGACUUUACUUGUUAUCGUUCUUCACCAUCCUCGUUGGGCUGGUUCUUUACUCCUCCACAUCUACGUACGUAGCCCAAGAUCCUCGGGUGUACAAGCAGUUUCGAAACCCUUCAGGACCUGUUGUAGACCUGCCAACCACUGGCCAGCUGGAGCCUUCAGUAACAUAUACCAGCCUGGGGCAGGAGACAGAAGAGGAGCCUCACGUCAGAGUUGCUUAAGCCCAGGGUCAUGGGUCGCCUGCUGAUGAUUCAGUGGAGCUCGUAUAUCCAUUAUCUCUGUAUUGUACAUAGAGAAAGGUAUUUACCAGGUGCAGUUACACUGGUGAGCUGCAAGGUAGCAAAUAAGGACAGCUCAUAAAAGUGCAAAUUAGUUGUUCCAGGGUGUUCAUUGCAAGGAGAUUCCACGUCCCUUGUUUAUGAUGUGAACAGCAAGUUUGCCAUACAAACUGCUGUAUCUGAAUCAGUCUUUCAAACUACCUAUGAAAGAUAUUCAAUAUAGAAGCUGAAAUUACAAGAAGAAAUUCAUGGAAGAGGGUAUUUGCACCCACUGAGAGAUAUUAUGCCUAAGCCACACCAGUUGUGGAAAAGACGCCUUUUUACAGCAAAUACACUUGUGCAGUCACUGUUGAUUUCUCUCUAAGAUUUGUUUGUUUGCACAAAAUAGAUGCGUUACUCAUGGUAACAACACCCUGACACAUUUUUGCUAGCACCUUGAAUUUGGUGAGGGAAAUACAAUAAAUUAAUCUGUGCUAUCUAGUUGCCCUUUCUAGGUAAUCUAUUCCAUGAAUCCAGAGGAGGGACAACUUACAAUAUCCGUCUCUAUUCUAGGAAUAGGUAUAAGGUGAGCAUUUUAGCCUUUCUAUAUUUGCAAGUGAAGUACUCUAGCAUUGACCUCUCUAUGAUCCAUGGCAGAUUUCCUAGCAGCUGAGGUUCUGCAUCAGGUGAUAGGGAGUUAAUUUCUCUGUAGUUGUGACUAACACAGAUUUCUUACUUUUUAAAUUUUAAUCUGUUAAAGAAAAAUGCAUUUUCUAGUUUCCUAUGUAUUGUACCUCUCUAUGGUAAGAUGACAUAUCAUGUGGAUCAGGGCACUUAUUUUAGAUACUCGGUGCAUCGAGGGCGCCUUCUACUGUUCCAGUUUGCUUAGUCUCCUGUGGUUCAUUGUUCUAACAAUAGCUAUGUAGAAAUGCGUUAGUUUUUCACCAAAACCCACAAAUUGUAAAAAUUGGGAAGAUUAUGUGAGGAAUUCAUGAAUAGGAACACUGGACCAUCUGCUGGUGUAGCACAAAAGCAUUCAUACCAGCAGGAUAUAGCCAAUUAUCUUUCGUUAACUACAAAACUAGCAGAAGAAUUCAGCAGUUUUCUUACAUUCCUGGGAAUAUAUGAAAGCAGUUAAGGGUGUGCUCUGCAACUGCAAAUCUGCUCCACGAGCCUUAUCAGAAGGGGGAAAAUCUUAGCUGCAGCCAUGAGAAUCCACUAUGUGUGCUUUUCUGAGAGCACAAUAAGAAGUAAUCGCUAUUUCAACAUCCAUCAUCUAUUUUUAAUUUAAAAAUAAGGAGAGGGAGAUGGCAUAAUGCCUAACAGGUAGGAAAGAGAUCCAGGAGAGCUUGGUUUUAUUCACAGAUUUGCCACAUCUCUGCAUCAUCUGGGGCAUGACUUACCUUCUGUGUGGCUGCGUUUCCCAAUCUGUAUAUAAGGGAAUAGUUACAUUUUACCUACCUCACAGGGGUGCUACGGGACCAAGUUACUAUAAAAUAUUUCAGGAUCUUUAGAAGGAAGGAGCUUAAGGAGUACACAAUAGUGAUGUGAAAGUGUAUAUAUAUUCAUUGUAUUUGAACAUGGGGUUUACAGCUGGGCUGAUGAAUAUUUUGCUUGUGGGCAUAAAAGGUGAAUUUGAUUUGAAUGGCAUUUUGCUGAGGAAGUCUAUCUAACGUGCAAAUGUAGGUCUUCAUACUUGAAAAAUACAGCUUUCCUAUUUCUAUUCUAAAAAAGAAAAAAAAGAACAAAAAGCCUGUACUCUGGAGAUUAGAAAGGCCACAGGUCAACCAAGGAGGAUGAAUUUCUGCUGAGGUAACUUCCAUCUUUUAUAGUCCUGUUCUGCUUUAGGAUAGAAGAGACUUCCCUGAAGCAGACUGGGAGAAAUAUCUAUACAAAUAUAUGUGAAGUGACAAAUGCCAAAAUGCUGCUGAACAGCAGACAUAUGUUUUCUCUUACUUGUGCUGUGGCUGAGGAGAAAAGGCGAUUUCUGUCCCAUCGUGUUUAGGCUGCCUGCCAGGCUCCUGCUGCAGCUGAGGGAUGGGUCUGCAGUAUUGUCAGGUCUGCAGUAUUGUCAAACCAUACUCAAAGCCAUUCUAAAACCUUCAGUUAAGAUUCCCUGAUUUUUAAAUCCAAAAGAAUGAGAUUUUUUUUCUUGCCUUCUGUUUUUAAAUCUUCUUUAGUAUACAUCUUUCCAAGCUUUUUCUCCUAAGCCUUUGAAGAAAAAAAAAAAAAAAAAAAAAGAAGAUUCCACAGAGAAAUAGAGUCCAUUUUCUGGGAAUGUGGAGGAAAGCUCAAAUGCUACAGGAUUCGAGGUUAAAAUGAACAUAAAAAUUGACCUCCCACACUCAAGAAUGAUCGCCUGGUACUUCAGGUUUGCAGGGUGGAAGUCCAGGUGGGAAGCAUGUGGUUCACUUGGAUGGAGCCCUUGCGUAGAGUUGGGCCAGUGAGCAUCCUGGCUCCAACCCUGUUAGGUUUCAUACCUUCACAGGAGCAGGGGCUCGGGCUGCAAACACCACAACACUGUUAGGUACUGGGAGGCAACUGGCAGGCACCUGUCAUCUCAGUCUUUUUGCUACCUUUUAUACCAAUUAAAUACCUUUCUCUGAAUGUUAGUCCCCAUGUUGAUCUUGAGAUCAUUGAGGAUGGUGUGCGUGUUUGUUCCAUGUUUACAAUUCCUUUGUUUUGCAUAACUGUUUUGGUUUAUUUCAUUAUUAGUAUUUAUUUUCAAGCCAAAUGUUUGUAGUCCUUCCACCUCUCUCUCUUCAUUUUUCAUACACUAACUUGUAGAUGUUUGUUGGAGUCUUCUCAGAAAGAGCUGGGCAGAAGGCAUUUCCUGGGCACUUUGCUGGACUGGGAGAUUUACACACAAGAGUUUACAAACCAUGGAUGUCUACGAUGUGCCAUCUGUAGUGAUUUUUAGAGGCUAUUUUUAAAAGCUCUGUCCUCUGGAAAUAAGGUGUGAAUGUCUGGGUGUACACUCGAUGCCCAGCCACCAUCCUCUGUGUUAUCUGCACAGGAGGAGUCCCAUGUGCAAAGUGGGUCUGCUUCACGUUCUGCAUCUCCCAUUAAAAAAGGUGGGAACUUCAAUUAGCACCAAUGUGCUAGCGCUGGACGGACUCUAAGGAAGACAGUAGUAUAGCUUUACAAGUAUUGACUGUGAAGCUGGGGUCUAGUGAAGGAAAACAUUACUUCUACCCACUUGUUUCCUGCAGUUCAAGACCUCAGAACUCACCAGCAGAGGUUCAGCUAUCUAGCUGGCAGCUACUCUCCAUAGAUCCUUGCCUGAACAAACUGAAGCCCUGUUACACUGUUGGCGCUGAGCAGCCCUUAGCAAGACUGAUGUAAUUUUCUGCUACUGGAUGAAAACCUUUACUGGGAGACAAACCUUGUCCUUGUUCCAGCUAUAAACUUUCAAAACAACACAGUGAAAGACCAAGCAAUUGAAAAUUUUGCACCAUUGUGUCAUAUGAAAAAGUUUCAAUGUAUAGUGUAGAGAUUGCUAACUUGUGCUAUUAACAUUUUGACAAGCGUGUAGUAUUGUUUUCUUUUUUUAAAAACCAUUUAGUAUUCCUGAGCUAGCUACGAAUAUAAAUUUUACCCCAUGGGUAGGAUUUUACUGUUAAACACCAUAAUAAAGCACACUAAUCUUGACACCGCAGAUGGAAAUAUGAACCAAAACCAAAACCAAGCAAAUGGAAUCCCAACCCCAAAUCCUGCAUAAAAAAAAGCUGAACAAACCUUCCUUCAUUUUGAUAUUUGCAUGCUCCUAUAUGGACUGGCUGUGGCAAUGUAAUGCCUGUAUAAUGUUUUCAAAUAAAAAAAAUGCUUUAUGAAAUCA